AUGGCCCGCGGAGAGCUGCCUUCCCCAUCUUGUCGAGCAGGAAACAUGGCCCCCUCCCUGUCGAAUCCGGUACAGCCUGGGCUGGUGCUGGCCGCAUCGACCCACCCACUAGGACCGGGCAUGCUUCCCCCAUCGGCCCAUCGGGAGAUCAAGAAACUCAGACGCACUGACACCGCUUAUGGUGCACAAACGCAAUCGCCGGGCUUGGUAAAUAAACUCAUCACGAUCACAUCGGCCAGCUACCAUGCAAGCAUCAAGGCUUGGGCAUCAGCUUGUCCAGCCUGCCCGUCGAUCGGGCCCCUCGAGCAGAACAACCUGGGGCUGCGUGCAUGGAAAAGUGCUUGA